UGUGUUUCACCCCAUCGAAUGAUCGAAUAAUGCGUUUGCAUGUGCACAUACGAGUACAAGAGCAAAAGAGAGUUUGCGCGUUGCACAUUUCGACUGCGCGCUGCGGGGCAGGCGGGAAAGGAGAGUAUAACAGUCAACACGUGUGACUCCUCGUGGUUGUCGGGAAAUAUUUGCUCCGUAGUGUAUUUACCUCUACUUUUUGUGAUUCAACAAGUAAAAAAGGUAUUGUUGGUGUUUAAAAAAACAAUAGAGACUAAAAAUGGCUAUUCAAGAUAUGGAUAUUUGUCUGAAUAUCUCCAGCGGCACGUCAGCUGGUGAGGCGACAAAGGUUCAGCGAAGUAAAUCAGCGUUUUUCAAGCCCCACGUCAAAAGACUCGUCAAAAAAGCAAAACGUGACUUAAAAAAAAACAACAAUGAAACAGACGAAAAAUCUUCGAAAUCGACAGUUUCGCCUACAAAAAUAGGUUUGAAAAAUCAGAGAGUAAAGCAGAAAUCGCUCGGAGCGAUAGUCGCAAAAAACGUAGUACGAUCAAAGAUCGUGAAUGCUAAUAAUGCAAGAAUCAAUAAAUUGGAAAAGAAAACAAGUGGAAAUGUUUCAAACCAACUGUCUACUACAGCGAGUCAAAAAACUCCCUUCCAAAAGCAGAAAGGCAAGCCAUUGGUAUCAUUUUCCGAGCCAACCAAAGAGAAUGAACUCAAAACGAUUCUUGCAAAGACUAGAAACCGCAAUGAAGAUAAACCCAAAAAAUCGCUUGCCGAUUUAUUUUCUAAGAGCAGCGAAUCGAAAGAUGUAAAUGCAAAACUGUUGCCCGAAGUUCCCAAAACAAACAGCAGCACUGAGAAAACAUUUGAAAAGUUUCCUCAUGCCAGAAAUGUUAUAGAAUCUGAGUCCGGUGGAUCUAGUUUCAAUCGCAAAGAACACUGGAAUCAGAAUAGAAAUCAAAAUCGAAACCGAACCAAAGAUAAUGCCCGAUUCGAAGACAGACAAGAAAAAUCGUAUGCAAAACCCUCGGGUAAGAUUUCUUCACUCUUUGGUAACAAUCCAGAAGUACCAAACAUCGGUCAAAGGCUUGUGAAGCCCGUAAAUGAAACGGUAUUCAGUAAAACAACAUUUGAGGAUCUCGGCAUUCAUUCCUACAGUAUUUCAAACCUGGAGCAAAAUAUGGGAAUAACUAAGGCAACGACUGUGCAACAGAAAGCAAUUCCGGUAAUACUAUCUGGGAAAAAUGUUCUCAUUCGUUCGCAGACUGGAUCCGGCAAGACUUUGGCAUACGCUCUUCCAAUUGUUGAAACUCUGCAACGUAUUAGGCCAAAAUUGAUGAGAAACAGUGGUCUCCGGGCGCUCGUUGUGGUCCCCACAAGAGAACUUGCUCUCCAAACGUACGAGUGUUUCCUCAAGCUGGUCAAGCCAUUCACCUGGAUUGUCCCUGGUUAUCUAGUGGGUGGAGAAAAGAGAAAAGCUGAGAAAGCCCGUCUUCGGAGAGGAUGCACGAUUCUCAUAGCGACUCCUGGUCGCCUCCUGGAUCACAUUGAGCACACAGAAUCUCUUAAAUUGAACGAAGUUAAAUGUUUUGUUCUCGACGAAGCCGAUCGUAUGCUGGACAUGGGAUAUGAAAAAGAUAUUUCUGGUAUAGUUGAAGCUUUGAAGAAGCAAACUGGCGCCGAGUCAGAGAAAUGUUCUUACGAUCCGCUUGCUCUUGUGAGAAGCAGAGGAACAAAAGUUGUUGAUGAUGCAGAGGAAAAAAUGAGGGAAUCAGCAAUUUCUGGAGCUGUGGAAGAAAAAGCCGAAGAACACAGCAAAAAAGAAGAAACCGAAGCUUCAGACGAGAGCAAAGAAAUUUUGAACCAGCAGGAAUAUCACUCUGGAACAGACAGCGACGAGGGUGACCAAGAAUUUCUUAUCCGAACAAAGAAAACCAAGAAAAAAAUUCCACCUCAACGAAAAUCCCAGAAUGAAGAAACUCCACUAAACAAAACCGAUGAGAACAAUCGAGCAGGCACUUCUUCGAGGCAAACCGUUUUGCUCUCUGCCACUUUGACAGCUGCGGUAGAAAAGUUGGCUGGUCUGACAAUGACUGACCCGGUAUUUGUUGAUGCUGCCCAGGACAACUUGAAUCAAGUCGGCGGAAACUUGAGCGAAACCAACGAAGAUCUUGUCGUGCCGCAAGGUGUCAAUCAGAGCUAUGUCGUCACACCUGCCAAACUGAGAAUGGUCACUCUGAGUGCUUACAUCGCUGGAAAAUGUCAGGUCGCUGGUGAACACAAAAUUUUAGUUUUCAUGGCGACUCAAGACAUGAUUGACUAUCACGCAGACAUAUUAUCGACUGUUCUUGGGAAGCCGAGGGACGAGGAUGACGAGGAUUCGGAUGCUCUGGUUGACGUUGAAUUUUUCAAGCUUCAUGGAAGCAUGUCACAAAAGGAGAGAACUGAGGUUUUCAAAACGUUCCGAAAGGCUCGAAGCGGCGUUCUUCUGUGUACGGAUGUUGCCGCCAGAGGAUUGGACAUGCCAAAAGUCGAUACCGUCGUCCAGUACACCGGCCCCCUCUCCGCUCGCGAUUACGUUCAUCGUAUCGGGCGAACCGGGCGAGCAGGAAGUUCCGGUGCCUCCAUCAUAUUUCUCACACCGUCGGAAAUCGAUUUCGUGCGUAUUCUGGAGUCACGGAGGAUCAGAAUCAAGCAGGAGAAUAUGAACGACAUUCUCGACAAGCUCAUGGGCCCAUUGUCGAAACAUCACACCGUCGAGGCUACCGCCACGGCUUUGCAGAAUGAAUUCGAAAAUCUCGUCAUCGAGGACAAGAAGUUCCAUAGCAAAGCCUGCAAAGCUUACGUUUCCUGGAUCCGCUUCUACGCGAGUUACCCUCGUGAUAUGCGCGAAGUAUUCAACCGCAAGGACCUUCACCUCGGCCACUACGCGAAGAGCUUCGCCCUGAGAGAUCCCCCGCAGAAAAUUGGAGGAAUCGGGAAAACACUCCGUGACAACGAGUCCUCGAAGCCCCGACACAACAACAGACUCAGCAGGGAAAGACCCGCCAAGCAGCCGCAGAAAAGGCAACGCGACGCUGCUGGUUCACAAAAACCUGGGCUGUUGAAGAAAUCGAGAAUGCUCAACGUUUCCGAGUACGCCAGCGGACUCGAGAGCAUCAAAAAGACGAACAAGAAGUAACAAUAAAACUCAAAAUCUCGGCAGAUUGUUCUGAAAUAAUCGUGUAAAUACUGAUUUAACCAAACUAUGUUUAGGUUUCUCCCAUCGUUAGUUUUUUUUUAUCCUUUAUGACUGACGUCUACGAUUGUAGACGACGACUUUGCACAAAUUCGUCGUUCAUUAUCCGCAGUCAGAAACUAAUUAUUUUACCAUAAAAAUAUACGUUUAGGGACAAUCAUUUGUAAAUACUCCAGAUAAAAACUGAACGAUUCCUUUUCCA